AUGACGUUUGGAGCAGCCUGCUCGCCGAGCGCUGCGCAUUACGUGAAGACUAUGAAUGCCCUGAAGUAUCGGGAUUCGGAUCCGAGAGCGGUCAAGGCCAUCACCGACUACCAUUAUGUCGAUGACUAUGUGGACAGUUUCGCUACAGAGAGCGAGGCUAUCAGCGUAUCUACCCGAGUGAAGGAGAUACACAAGGAUGCUGGAUUCGAAUUAUGCCAGUUUUCAUCCAGCUCACCCACCGUGGAGACGGCUUUAGGACCUGGUCGAGUCAAGAGCGUCGGAUGGGGUGAGGCUGAAGAGAAGAUCCUCGGAAUGCGUUGGCAAGUAGCAACAGAUGACUUCAGAUUCAACGUGGAGUAUCAUCGAGUGCCAAGCAGCGUCCUGAGUGGAGAUCGAGUCCCUACAAAGAGGGAAUAUUUGAGCCUGGUGAUGUCAACGUUUGAUCCCCUGGGAUUCCUGUGCUGCCUCAUGGUUACAGCGAAGCUGCUGCUGCGAGAGAUUUGGAGGCAGAAGAUCCAGUGGGACGAACCACUACCGGAGGAGUUAAACAAAGCCUUUGCGAUUUGGCGCAAAGAGAUGGACGCCGUGGGACAGUUCCGAUGUCCGCGCCAUUAUUUUGGGCGUGGAGCAGUCCGGGCCGUAGAGUUGCACGUCUUUGUGGAUGCUAGUCAGGCAGCAUUCGCUGCGGUGGCCUAUUGGAGGGUCACAUAUGAGGACGACGACGUGCAGGUGAGCUUCGUGAGUGCGAAGACGAAGUGUGCCCCAAUGAGAACGAUGACGAUCCCACGGCUGGAGCUACAGGCAGCAGUUCUUGGAACCAGGCUGAUGAACACUGUCAAGCAGGAGCACAGUGUGGUCAUCACGGACCUGGUGUUAUGGACGGACUCUAAGACGGUGCUGAGAUGGAUCGGCAGCACCCACCGCCGGUAUAAGCAGUUUGUUGGCAACCGAGUGGCGGAGAUUUUGGAGUCGUCGAAGGUUUCCCAAUGGAGAUGGGUGCCUACAGCCGACAAUGCGGCUGAUGAUGCGACGCGGUCGCAGAAAGGAGUCGACCUUAGCCAGGAAUCAAGGUGGCUAAGAGGACCUGCAUUCUUGAGGCAGCCAGCAGCCAGCUGGCCGGGGCCUGAGGAAGGAACUGAGCGUGUUCCAGAUGCCCCUGAUGAAGAAGAGAUGCCCAGUGAGUUUCCAUUAGUUGCGGCAGACGAUUUUGUUAUUCCGUUUCAGAGAUUCUCGAGCUUCAGUCGCCUGGUGAGGACCACAGCCUGGGUCCUACGGUUCGCGCGCUGGUGCCGCAAACAGCGAAACGAGCUCGAGGAAUACGGCCUUACUGCAGCAGAAUGUAAGGCCGCGGAGAACCUGUUGGUCAGGCAGGCACAAUUGGAGUCGUUCCCCGACGAGAUGAGGUCGGCGGAAACUGGACAGGACGUCGGUAGAUCGAGCGACAUUCGAGGGUUGGUGCCCUACCUAGACGAGGACGGGAUUCUGCAAGCUUACGGCAGAAUUGAUGCCGCACUGUGCAUGCCGUACAGUGCGAGGAGGCCCGUAUUACUGUCACACAGGCACAGUCUGACAGAGCUGAUUGUGAGAGACUUCCACGCCAUGAUGAAGCAUCAAAAUGUGGAUGCUACGAUUGCGGAGAUCCGGACAAAGUUCUGGGUCACAAAGAUGAGACGUGUGAUGCGGGGAGUCAUCUCAUCGUGCAACGAGUGCAAGUUGCAGCGAGCGCGGCCGAUGCCGCCGAUAAUGGGACCCCAUCCGGAAGACAGACUACUUUGGGCCACUGCUGGUGACUGUGUCCCGUCACAAGGAGAAGCGUUGGGUCGCCUUGUUUACGUGUUUGACGACAAGGGCGAUUCACCUGGAGCUGGCGCAUGA